AUGCCAUCGAAUUCCUUACCCUCCUCAUACACAGCAACACAAUCACUCUCUGAAAUCAAGAUGAGAGAGGAGGGUUUCCAGAAGAUGGUGACAUUGUCUCUUCACAUUCCACCGCCACCACCGUCUGAGGCGGACACAACCUCGUCUCCGGCGGCGGAGUCUGGUCCGACGUCGAGGGGGGUUUCGCUAUACGUCGGCGAUCUUCACCCGAAAGUGAAGGAGGCGGACCUGCGGCAAGCUUUUGAGACCGUCGGACCGUUGUCUUCCCUUCGUCUUUGCAGAGAUAGGGCCACCGGCGACUCUCUCUGCUACGCUUACGUCAAUUUCUGCUCACCCGAUGAUGCAUCUAGGGCUCUGUCUUCUCUAAACCAUACGAAAUUGGGGGGAAAAGCUAUGAGGAUCAUGUGGUCUCAGAGGGAUCCUAUUACUAGAAAGAACGGUGUGGCCAACCUUUAUGUCAAGAAUCUUAGCCCUUCAAUUUCCAGUGCUGGUUUGGAAGAAUUGUUUAGUGCGUAUGGAACUGUCCUCUCUUGUAAAAUUGCUGAGGAAAACGGAGUGAGUAAGGGUUUUGGAUUUGUUCAGUUUGAUUCCGAGGACUCUGCCAUAGCAGCGCUGAAUGCUCUGAAUGGUUUCGUGUUUGAAGGGAAGAAAUUAUUGGUCUGCAAGUUUGUUAGAAAGAAUGGCCGAAAGGAUGCCUCUGAUGAAGAAUUCACAAAUUUAUACUUCAAAAAUGUCGAUGAGGAUGUUUCAGAGGAUUCCCUUAAAGGGAAGUUUUCAGAACACGGGACAGUCAGCAACCUUGUGAUUAUGAAGGAUAAUGAGGGGAAAUCUAAAGGUUUCGGAUUUGUCAGUUUCAGCUCACAUGAAGAAGCGAAGAGCGCUGUGGAUUGCCUUAAUGGUACUCCUCUCGGUUCCAAAACUUUGUUUGUUGGAAAAGCUCAGAAGAAAGCAGAGAGGGAAAAGAUCUUGCAGCAAGCACAUGAAAGUUUGCGUAGAAAUAUAUCUGGAAGUUCUAACAAUUCAAAUCUCUUUGUGAAGAAUUUGCACGAUUCGUUGGAUGAUAUUGAUUUGAAAGCACUUUUCAGUUCUUUUGGAUAUGUUACUUCCGCUAAGGUGAUGAAAUAUGAAGGUGGCGUCAGCAAAGGUUAUGGUUUUGUACACUUUUCUUGUCCAGAAGAAGCAAAGAGGGCUCUGUAUUCAAGUAAUGGAUCUACUAUACGAGGCAAGACUCUGUUUGUGGACUUUGCUCAGAGUCAAGAAGAACGUAGGCAGCAUUUGCAGGGACUUCCUGUGCCGUACCCCAUACAAUCUUUUUAUCCUUCUUACUGGAACAUCCAUCUUGCCCCUCAGCAUCAUCCUCUUUGUUACAAUGCCCCAUUUCCUCAGCUGCCAUAUCCUCAAUUUUCGUUGCCACAGAUGAACUCGCUCCAGCCAAAGCUGUAUGAAGGCUCUAGCCAAGGUUUCAUUCGAGUUUCUCCCAUUCAGGAUCAGGGGUAUCUACAAAUGUUACCUGGAACUGCAGUUCCUUGUAGACAGCCUCAUCAGGAGCCUAAACUGGACAUGACUCACCAGUCUCAUCCCAAAAAAUCAUCAUCUUCUAGUGGCUGGAAUCAAUGGAAAAGAUUGAGCAAACAGGACAAAAAAAGAAGUGCCUAUAGAGAUCUGGGGUCAUCCACCACAAGGUCUGGAUCUGGAAACCCUCCUACAAGAUCAUCAUUGCAAUUUGUUUACAGGAACAAUUUCGACAAAAUGCUUCAACCUCGUACCAAGAAUACUCAGCAGAUCUUUGCAUCCAAGAAUACAACUGAAGUCAUCGUGGAAAUGGAUGUGAAGAAGCUACUGAACUCCCGAAACCCAUUGGCAGUACCUGUUGAAGAAGCCAUCCAAAAGAUAGGGGCAACAUCUGGGAGUCAGACUACUACUUACUGA